AUGGACGGCAUCGACUCACUAUUUGUCGAGCUCGACACCGACCGCGACGGUUUCAUCCACAUUGCCGAGCUGGGCGACCACCUUUCCGACGUGUAUAAACUCCUCUUUCCGCAUCACGACGAAUCUCUGACCAGAAUCAAGGCAGUCCAUGCUGCGCUUUUGCCAAACGACGCACAAGUAAUGCUCGAUCGCGACGCGUUUCGUCGGUUGGUCGAGCGGCAAUGGACGACACCGAGUGAAGAAUCCGAAGAGAAGAGAGCGCUAGGCUACACCAACGUCUUUGAGCGAGAUCUGUCGUGGCAGUCUCGAAUUGCGGCCAGCUGGCGCCUUUCGGCACAUCGCUACCUCUUUGUUCUGGCAGUGGUCGCCUGCAUCUUUACCAGUGCAUUCGCCAACAUGCUCAGGUAUCUCCGCGACGAGGAAGCCAUGCGUGCUUUUGGACCGGGCAUCGUCGUGAGCAAGGCGGCUGCGGGAGCACUGUACCCGACGCUGUUUCUCAUGGUCAUCUCCAUGUCUCGUUGGCUGCCCACGUAUGCAAAGCACCGCGGCAUCCUCUCCACUUUCAUCAAUUGGGAUCGCAGCAAGCCAUUCCACAUCGCCAUGGCCUCUCUUACCGUUGUAUUUGCAACCGUGCAUGCGCUCGGUCAUCUAUUUGGCUCCUACCGCCAUGCCGCUCGCGCUUCUGCUUCCGAUCUGGCACCUUUCAUACAAAGUCCGACUCCGACAAUAAAGUAUGCAAGUCUGAUGAGGCUGCUCCCUUCCCCCAGCGGCCUGUUUGCACUCGCAUUUCUCUACACUAUGGCGCUAUGCGGUCUUCCCGUGGUGCGUCGCCGGCAAUUCGAGCUGUUUCAGCUCUCCCAUCUCCUCAUGUAUCCAUUUUUCGGCCUCAUGAUGGCUCACGGGACGCUCCGCCUGCUCCAGUUCCCCAUCCUGGGCAUCGUAUUUGCCCCACCAGUGCUGCUCGUCCUUCUCGAGAGACUGCAUCGUUCCGCGUACCGAGGCUUCUUUGUUUCUCACACAGCCGCCCUGGACAUCGUCGACGCCACGACGGUCCGGCUGACCUUUGACAGCAGCGCAAUGCCAUGCUUCGUGCCGUUCAAGGCGGGGCAGUAUGUGCUGCUACAGGUUCCGCAGAUCAGCCGGUGGCAGUGGCAUCCCUUCACCAUUUCCAGCUGCCGCGGUGGAGUAGAGGAACAAGACCAGCAGGAGGUGACGCUGCACAUCCGCACCACCGCCGGUGACUGGACGAGACGACUGCGCGAGUUGGCUAGUGCCGAUGGAACUGCGACGGUGCGCGUCGGUCUCGAUGGGCCUUUUGCGGCGCCUUCGGACGUCUUCUAUCGCUACGACCGUACCGUCAUCGUCGGCGCUGGCAUCGGCGCGACGCCCUUCAGUGCGAUCCUGCAGGACCUGAGCCAUCGAUGGCGCGCCGAGGUGGACCCUUGGAGGGAACAUGAAGCAAAGAGAGCUGCUUACCGCCUGAACCAGCUUCAACGUGGGCUCAAGCGUAUCUCUUCCAGUCGGGCAAGCUCGGUGACGGGCCACACCGUCGACAUUCCUCGCUCUCGGCCAGUCACUUGGACGAAUUUACCAGCCUCUGUACUUUCGCAGUGCUCCAGUCUCGCCUCGAGCGGCAACAGCCGUGCGUCUUCGUCGGUUGCGCUCCCAACACCCGUAUAUACCGUCGACUUCCACCCAAGUAGACCAGGUGGGCCACCUGACUCACAGCUGCGUGAAACACCCCCCUCACCGCAAUUCAGCAUCAAGCUCGAGCCGGGUCAAUCUUCUCUGCAGCGCAGUGUUCUCUCUUGGGUGCUCCCCACUUCUCGUCCCCGGACUCCCUAUUCGGUCGACACGGCGCACACCACCCUUCCCACGCCGUCGCCCAAGCGCGUCGAUUUCGUGUGGACCGUUCGACAGGCCUCAGAUCUCGACUGGCUCCUCCCGACGCUGGCCGAGGCGACACAGGAUCUGCCAGACUGGAUCGAGGUCCACCUGCGGCCCUACGUUACCUCUUCUGCUUCGUCUUCAAUAGGGCCAGCAGCACUCGUCGAGGCGGCCAUCGAUGGAGCCGUGUUGCCAGUGCCCGUUGUUCGAGGUGCACGACCCCACGUGCCUGCACUCCUCGACGCCCUGCACGCAGACCUCGUUGCACAGCAGCCCGUGCGGCGUGGGCGGUGCGACGACAUCGGCGUCCUCUUUUGUGGGCCAGCUAGCCUGGAACUCGAGCUUCGCGAGCACUGCGCCCAUCUCACCUCGCGCGCCGUCCAGGACGGCAGUGGUCAUCGCUACUUCUUCCACGCAGAGGCUUUCUAG